UUUUCCCCUUAUUUGUGAUAUUACAGAGCAAAAGGGGACAUACACAGUUAGAUUACGUACAGUUCGUUGUUUGUAUGUAUGCAUAUAAUUAGAUAUAGCAUGAGAUAAGAAGUUGUGUUUGUCUUAGUUUUCUUCUCCUUAUUCCAACAACAAAAACAGACAGACGACAGAGAAACAAUCUGUGUUAUGGUUUUGAUCCAUCUGCACUUCUUCUUAGCUGGUUUUGUCGGAAUUUCUCUCAUCUCCGGCUGGGGGACCCCAUUUUCCGGCGAGUGUUUCCAGUCCCGGCUCUCUAGCUACCUGCUAUCCUGAUUUUCCAGACUCAAAACUUAGCUGAGAAAUCAAGAUUUUUGAAUCUCCAACUCAAAACACUUGGUGGGGAAUUCGAAUACUAUUGUAGCAAGAGGGUGAUGGGGCAUUUGUCCUCCAUGUUCAAUGGACUAGCGAGGUCGUUUUCGUUCAAGAAAGGAAGGAGCUCGGAGAAUCGCCAUGGCGGAAGAGAAGCAGCCGAGGCAAUGGCCAAGGACGCGAAGAAGAAUGACUCGAUAUUGCGCACUUCUGGCACUGUGAAUGCUAGUGGCUCCGACAAUUUUGCCUCAGUUUUCUCAAGGAGAGGCCAGAAAGGAAUGAACCAGGAUUGCUGCAUUGUGUGGGAGGAAUUUGGGUGCCAAGAAGACAUGAUGUUUUGUGGGAUCUUUGAUGGGCAUGGUCCUUGGGGACAUUUUGUGGCAAAAACUGUUAGAGAAUCAAUGCCACCAUCUUUGUUAUGUAAUUGGCAAGAGACACUACUAUCUCAAACUUGUCUAGAUCCGGACUUGGACUUGGAUUUGGAAUCAGAGAAAAAGCAUCACAGAUUCAACAUAUGGAAGCAUUCCUACUUAAAAACCUGCGCUGCCAUCGACAAGGAACUCGAACAGCACCGUAAAAUCGACUCAUUCUACAGUGGGACAACAGCUCUGUCUAUUGUCAGACAGGGUGAACUCAUUUUUAUAGCAAAUGUUGGCGAUUCUCGCGCUGUAUUGGCUACCACUUCAGAUGAUGGAAGCUUGGUCCCAGAUCAGCUUACUGUUGAUUUCAAGCCCAAUUUACCUCAGGAGGCUGAGCGCAUAAUCCAAUGCAAAGGGCGAGUAUUUUGUCUACACGAACCUGGAGUCCACAGAGUCUGGCUCCCCGACGCGGAAUCACCGGGGCUCGCAAUGUCUAGAGCCUUUGGAGAUUACUGUGUGAAGGACUUUGGACUUAUUUCUGUCCCUGAAGUCACACAGAGACACAUAACAAAUAGAGAUCAGUUUGUUGUGCUGGCAACUGAUGGGGUUUGGGAUGUUAUUUCCAAUCAAGAAGCGGUGCAGAUUGUGUCGUCGACACCGGACAGGGCAAAAUCAGCAAAGUGUCUGGUGGAGUGCGCGGUUCGCUCAUGGAAACGCAAGAGGAAGGACAUUGCAAUGGAUGACAUUUCUGCCAUAUGUCUCUUCUUUCACUCUUGCCCUUCAGAUCAGCAAGUUCACCCCAUUAGCACCCCAAAAUAGCAAUGGAAAUAAGCAUACAAAAAAUGGGGGUGUCAAAUUGUUUAUUGUUUACUAACAUGUAGCUUUGAUUUGUUGUUAUAAUUAAGAAAAUUGUUCAUCAUGUUAUCAUGCUGAUAAUCAUAUUCUUCUUCU